AUGGGACCUGGUGAAACAGUUCAUAAUUACACAAAACAAUUACAUAAAGAGUUUGAUAUGGUAGUAGGUGAAGUGGAUUGUUAUCUUGGCUUGCAAGUCCACAGAUUUAAUGAUUGUAUGAAGCUUAAUCAGGCUGCAUAUGUGAAAAGAGUGAUAGCCAGGUAUCAUACGACUGAUGCAAAGCCAAUAUCAUUACCAAUUGAGCCUGAUUGGAUAUGUGGUAAUUCACCACUGGCUACUGAUACCGACACUUACCAAGAAAUUAUAGGCACUCUCACAUAUUUAACAUUGGGGGGACUUCCAGAUCUAGCUUAUGCUGUAAAUGUUACUUCAACAGCAUAA